GGCGGGCGGGGGGCGGUUCAUCGCGGCGCACGUCCGCCCGCCCGACGGGAAAUUCCCCCUGAAAAGGGCGCAGCCCGUGGAGGGGUUCGGCUCUGUCUGUGUGUCCGCCCGUCCGACCGAUCCACCGACCGACCGACCGACCGAGGUGUGCGGGGCCGGGGCGCGGAGCCCCGCGGCGGCAGUGCGCCGGAGCUGUCAGCAUGGCGGGUGGCCCUGAGCCCUACAUUGAAAUAUUUGAGCAACCCAGGCAAAGGGGCAUGCGUUUCAGAUACAAAUGUGAGGGAAGAUCAGCAGGCAGCAUUCCAGGAGAACACAGUACUGAAAACAAUAAGACAUUCCCUUCCAUACAGAUUCUGAACUAUUUUGGAAAAGUCAAAAUAAGAACUACAUUGGUAACGAAGAAUGAACCCUACAAGCCACAUCCUCAUGACCUGGUUGGGAAAGACUGCAGAGAUGGCUACUACGAAGCAGAGUUCGGGCCAGAGCGGCGAGUCCUGUCUUUUCAGAAUUUGGGCAUUCAGUGUGUGAAGAAGAAAGACCUGAAGGAAUCAAUUUCUUUACGAAUCUCCAAGAAGAUCAACCCUUUCAAUGUGCCUGAAGAACAGCUCCACAACAUCGAUGAGUACGACCUCAACGUGGUCCGCCUCUGCUUCCAAGCUUUCCUCCCCGACGAACACGGCAACUACACCUUAGCUCUUCCUCCUUUGAUUUCCAACCCCAUCUAUGACAACAGAGCUCCCAACACCGCAGAACUGAGGAUUUGUCGUGUGAACAAGAACUGUGGAAGUGUAAAGGGAGGAGAUGAAAUAUUUCUGCUGUGUGACAAAGUUCAGAAAGAUGAUAUCGAAGUCAGAUUCGUCUUGGACAACUGGGAGGCCAAAGGUUCCUUCUCCCAAGCUGAUGUUCACCGUCAGGUUGCGAUUGUGUUCAGAACGCCGCCGUUCCUCAGAGACAUCACCGAGCCCGUCACGGUGAAGAUGCAGCUGAGGAGACCGUCAGACCAGGAAGUCAGUGAACCCAUGGAUUUCAGAUACCUACCAGAUGAGAAGGAUCCAUAUGGCAACAAAGCAAAGAGGCAGAGAUCAACGCUGGCUUUGCAAAAGCUCAUAAAGGACUGUGGAUCAAGUGUGUCAGAGAGGCCCAAAGUGGCUCCGUUCCCUGGUGUCCCUCCUGAAGGGAAGAUGAUUAAGAAAGAACCAAACAUGUUUUCCUCCUCACUGCUGAUGCCAGGGUUGGGAGCCUUGGACAACUCUAGUCAGAUCUACCCUGUGUGCAACCAGAUGCCCCAUGCACUGGCGCAGGUGGCGCCGGGGAAGCAAGACACGCUGUCCUCGUGCUGGCCGCUGUACAGCACCCCGAAUGCAGCGGGCAGCCUGCUCGGGGCACACACACAGAACAGCUUUGGGGCAGACUUGUCCCAGCCUGGUGCCCAGGGCAGCGGCUCCCUCCCAGCUUUCCAUGACAACGCUCUGACCUGGUCUGAUGAGAAGGAUUCGGGCUUCUACCGGAAUUUCAGCAGCACGAACGGGCUGGGCACGGUGUCGGUGUCAGGGGCAGACAUGCAGAGUGUGUCCAGUAACAGCAUCGCUCACCCGGCUCAUUCCUCCAGCAUCUCCACCACCGGCAUCGUCAACAUGGAGACCGACGACAUGACCUGCACCAGUAUGAACUUUGACAAGUACAACUCUGUGUUGAACACGAGCAAUCCCAGGCAGCAGCUCCACGCCGUGCCUCCAGCCUGCCCGUCCGGAGCAGCCCCGGGCAGCAUGCCCUUCAACCCGCAGCCUAACUUAGCCGACCCAGCAGUUUACAGUUUUAUAGACCAAGAAGUUUUGAGUGAAUCAAGACUCUCCACCAACCCCAUCCCAAACCCUCCAAGUAGCAUUGCAGAUAACCAGUACUAUGACACCGAUGGUGUCCACGCUGAUGAGCUCUAUCAGUCUUUCCAAUUUGAUAGCCUAUUACAGAGCUUUAACCAUUGAGCUGUCGGGCUGGCAGCGGGUACAUAGAGCUUUUCAGAUGCCUAGCUGUCUGAAGAAGAGUAACUUACUCUUCUGGAGUCCCUGCUUUCUCUUUCAGAAUGUUGCUCUGCAAGUUUCAUGAUCUAUAACUUCAGGUUAUAAAUUACAGCCCAAAGAGUGGUGCCCAUAAAAGAAAGAGAGGUGGGAGUAGGGUUUGGGGUUCUGUACCUUAAAAGUACCUUGUAUACUUAUUUUUACGCUGUUGGAAAAGGGAACUGUUAACACUUUAAUCUUCCUUACCUUUAGGGAUUGCAAAAGCUGGUGUCUUCAGAAGGGUUAAAAUUUCAAAUGCUUCACAGGGUUAAAAUUGGUUGAAAAAGAACCUUUUUUUUUUUUUGCCAGGGAAAUAAAUUUUAUUAGGACAGAAAUUAGGGCAAAAAACCUGCACAAGGGCACUCUAGUUCAGACUCACCUAACCCUGUUCAAGUUGGACUCGACUUAACUUGAAAGGUUUAGGUUUCUUACCCUCUUCCAUAUAAAAUGUUCUUCUCACCAUCAUCACGCAUUGAUAUAUUUCUUUUUUUUUUUUUUACAGUUUCACCACACUCCAUUUGCUUUGAAGGCAAAUUUACUCUUAAAAUCUUUUUAAUGACUAUGUCAUUGUUAGAUGUAUUUUUAAAAGACCGGAAGGUUUGAGUUUUUAAAGAGUCCAGCUCUGUUGUAAAUGAAUCACUGCACAAAAGAACGAACAGCAAGUUUUUUUGUGCACAUUGUCAUUUUGAACUGUGGAAAUCUGUUGGGCCGGAGCAUCUCCCUGUUCUUUUCCUCAGGUAUCGUGGCAGUUUCCUGCUAUGCAAGUGACUGCCUAAAAAGAAGGCUCACAUCCUGCCUCCCCACCAUAAGACAGCUUUUGGGGCAGAGCUGGAGGCAGUCCUAGUAACAACUCAUGGCCACUGCAGUCAGUGCUAAGUGAAAACGCUCCUCUAUGCUCUGUGUCAGAAACCAGAACUUCCUCCCUUCCACUCGAUUCCCAGUCUUCCUUCUUAGCCUGAGUUGCGAGAUGUUCAGUGACAGCUCAUGUGGAUGUAACUGGCUAGGUAGGACACUCUGCAUCAUAGGGCUUUGCUGGUUUAUUAUUAAUACUAUUAUUAUCUUUUAAGCAGCAAUACAGCAUGAAAUACUUGAGUAUUUCUUAAUUUAUACAGCUGUUUGGUAUGGCAGAUAAGGCUUACGAAGCUCACUGUUACUGUUUGGCAAUGUAGAACUGCACCAUGGAAAUAAAAAAAAGCACAAUGAUAUAUAAACCCCCCCCAAAACCACAAUCCCAGCACACACAACUAUUGACAUUAAUAGUUGUACACAAGGCAGAAAGGAACUCCAAAAAGCCCCCGUGGUUUAUAGGAAAGCAAUGACUCCUUAACUGCAGGAAUUCAUUGCGCUCAAAGCAACAAGGUGCUGCCACUGGAACGCAUUACACCAAUUCCAUGGGUUUGAUGGAAUAUGCUCCUUAGACAAGGUGUAGGAUAGAUAAAGUUUGGAAAACUGCUUCCCCUAACUCCAGGCACACGACGCAAGGAAUUCACUCUCUGUGUUUUAAAGCCAUUUUUCCUCACCUCUGUGUAGCUCCUCUGCAGUCGUAAGUAAUAGAAAGACCAAAGAAAUACAAAGAAAGCUUGAAAUGUGUUUAUUCAGUUCUUUUUUUUUUUUUGAAGUUCUCAAUUUUAAGUAUAUUAAAUGUAAACAUUUUACUCACUUCAUAGAAAGCUCUUUAUAGUACAGUUUGUUUUUACUGUGUAAUUAAAUAUUUUCAAAGUUCUGUUUUCCUUUGUAAACGAGUCAGUUUGGUAAUUAAAAAACUGGUUAUACCAA